AUGUCGGAGGCCCACAGGAGUGGCGGCGUCCCUUCAGGCAGCCCUGGGUACUGCCUUUCUGUUCAUCCACCUGGUGACAUCGACUACAGCGCGGUGCUGCUUGGGAUGCUCGUCGUGCAGGACGUGCAGCUGGGCUUGUUCAUAGCUGGCAUGCCCACCCUUAUCCAAGCUGCAGCCGGUACCUACUCCAGUGUUGUCAUGGAGACCCUGCGGAUCCUGGCUUUGGUCGGUCAGAUCCUCUUCUCACUAGCUGCUGCUUUUCUUCUGUGUCUUGUUAUAAAGACUUACCUCAUUGGACCAUAUUAUCGGAAACUGCACAUGGAAAGCAAAGGGAACAAAGAAAUCCUUAUCUUAGGAAUCUCUGCUUUCAUCUUUUUAAUGUUAAUGGUCACGGAGCUGCUGGACAUCUCCAUGGAGCUGGGCUGCUUCCUGGCCGGAGCGCUCAUCUCUUCCCAAGGCCACAUGGUCACUGAGGAGGUCGUGUCUUACAUCGAGCCCAUCCGUGACUUCCUGGUUAUCAUCUUCUUCGCAUCCAUAGGCCUUCACGUGUUCCCCACUUUCGUGGUGUAUGAGCUCACCAUCCUGAUGGUCCUCACGCUGUCGGUGGUGAUCAUGAAGUUUGCUCUGGCAGCUCUGGUCUUGUCCCUCCUCCUGCCGAAGAGCAGUCAGUACGUCAAGUGGAUCGUGGCCGCGGGGCUGGCGCAGGUCAGCGAGCUCUCUUUUGUCCUGGGGAGCAGAGCGCGCAGAGCUGGUAUCAUUUCUCGGGAGGUGUACCUCCUCAUCCUGAGUGUGACCACACUCAGCCUCUUGCUGGCCCCAGUGCUGUGGAGAGCCGCCAUCACGAGGUGUGCGCCUCGGCCAGAGAGACGGUCGAGUCUCUGAGGGCAGCGACAGGGACACAUGGCUUCAGAAGUGAGACCCCUCGCCUCGGGGACAAAGCGCUCCGUGGGAGGGGCUCCCCGUGUACCCAGCGUGCCGACUUCCUGCCGUAGCUUCGGGUCUUCCAGAGUAAUUUAUUGCAUUCAGUUGAUCAUGCACAGUAUAAAUAUAACGCUGCAUUUUACAGAUCACCUUGACUGUUUUGCCUGGAUGUGCCUUUUUUUCUGAAAUUGUUAACUUUCUAUUGUUACUUCAUCAGUUCAUGAUUUUUUGGUAAAAAAAAAAAUCAGAAAGGUUUUUUAUUUAUUCAACUUUUGUGUUGUAAUCUGUUGGUCAAUAUUUGUUAUUAAACAUUUCUGUGAUAUGAAAUUUUAAUUCUGGCAGUGAGUUUGGAAAGUUACUUUAGUCCUUACUGUUUUCUAAAAUGAAAAAUAUCUUCUAAAUGUCUAUUUGUUUUUAUUACAAUAAUUUUAAAUAAAACAUUCAUGUCAGUUUAUUAAAUGUCAUUCUUUUAAAAUAUUUGCUUUGAAUCACAAGAAUAUGCAUGCUUUAAUAAAGAUCAUUUAUGAUCAGAGAAAUUAA